GGGGCCGCUUCCGGCCCAGCCCCACCUCCUACCAAGGGCACUUUGUUAGGGGUGCUGAGGUGGCUCAGCUGCCUGGCCCAGCCCUCCAACCCCGGGCCUGCCCCUCAGCCCGCCCCCAGACUGGGUGGGGUGACCCCCUACAAAAGCUCAGAGUUUCCAGCAGCAGCAGCUUCCUCCAAGAAUCUGGUGCAGCUGAGGGCAGAGUUGAGGAACAGAAUCUUGCUGAGCCCUGCCUAGGCCCUCAGCCUGGGGUCAGGAAGUUUGGAGGAUGAGGCCCUUCAGCCCUGAGGUUUCACUAGAACCACCCUGUGCCAUGGCAGUCCACCUGCUUCCCAUCUACGCCCUCUUCCUGACCUUGCUGGACAAAACCCAAGGCUCCAGGAGCCCCAUGGUACCCAACCAGCCCUUCACCACCAUCUGGAACGCAAACACCCAGUGGUGCCUGGAGAAAUACGGUGUGGACGUGGACGUCAGUGUCUUUGAUGUGGUGGCCAACCCGGGGCAGACCUUCCGCGGCCCUGACAUGACCAUUUUCUACAGCUACCAGCUGGGCACCUACCCCUACUACACGUCUGCCGGGGAGCCUGUGUUUGGUGGGCUGCCCCAGAAUGCCAGCCUGGAUACCCACCUGGCCCACUCAUUCCAGGACAUCCUGGCUGCCAUCCCUGCGUCUGACUUCUCAGGGCUGGCAGUCAUCGAUUGGGAGGCAUGGCGCCCACGCUGGGCCUUCAACUGGGACGCCAAAGACAUUUAUCGGCAGCGCUCACGAUCACUGGUGCAGGCGCAGCAUCCUGACUGGCCAGCUCCUUGGGUGGAAGCCGCAGCUCGGGACCAGUUCCAGGAGGCUGCACAGGCCUGGAUGGCAGGCACCCUCAAGCUGGGGCAAGCACUGAGGCCUCGUGGCCUCUGGGGCUUCUAUGGCUUCCCUGACUGCUAUAACUAUGACUUUCUAAGCCCCAACUAUACAGGCCAGUGCCCCCCGGGUAUCUGUGCCCAGAAUGACCAGCUGGGGUGGCUGUGGGGUCAGAGCCGUGCCCUCUACCCCAGCAUCUACAUGCCUACAGAGCUAGAGGGCACAGGGAAGGGACAGGUGUAUGUGCGGCACCGUGUAGGUGAGGCAUUCCGUGUGGCUGUGGGUGCUGGGGACCCUGAUCUGCCAGUGCUGCCCUAUGCCCAGAUCUUCUACGACGGGACGAACCGCUCUCUGCCCUUGGAUGAGCUGGAGCACAGCCUGGGGGAAAGUGCAGCCCAGGGGGCAGCAGGAGUGGUACUCUGGGUGAGCUGGGAGAACACAAGAACUAAGGAAUCAUGCCAGGCCAUCAAGGAGUAUGUGGACACCACACUGGGGCCCUUUGUCCUCAACGUGACCAGCGGGGCUCUUCUGUGCAGUCAAGCCCUGUGCUCAGGCCAUGGUCGCUGUGCCAGGCGCCCCAGCCACCCUGAGGCCCUCCUCAUCCUCAACCCCACCAGUUUCUCCAUCCAGCCCACACCUGGUGGCGGGCCCCUGACCGUACAAGGUGCCCUCUCACUUGAGGAUCGGAUGCAGAUGGCUGUGGAGUUCAAAUGUCGCUGCUACCGUGGCUGGAAGGGAGCAUGGUGUGAGAAGCAAGGCACGUGGUAA